AUGACGACUGUAGCAGUUUUAGGUUAUUCUGGUGUAUUGGGAAAGGCAGUAUUAGAGGCAUUCAGUAAUGAGAAUUUCAAUGUAUCAUUUCCAAUCAAAGUUGUAACUUCUAAGGAUAUGCCCAGUAACGAAAAAAUUGAGUUUGUCAAAGCAUCGAUUGACGAGACUCUCGUUGAUAAAUUGAAAGGUAUCGAUGUAUUGAUCUCCUUAUUACCCGGUAAAGAGGAUCUUUUGAAAACUUUAGAGCCCAUCAUUGUUUCUAUAAAACCGAAGUUCUACAUUCCAAGUGAGUUUGGUAAUGAUCUCGAUGUUUUAGAUGAAAAGUUGUUACUUCCUCCUUUUGUAUAUAAAUUUGAUCAUAACAAAAGACUCGAAGGCCAAGCCAUCAAAGUCGUGAGAAUAUAUACCGGAUUCUUCAGAUUUCCACCAAUAUUCUUGUAUGCAUAUACAGAUAUAAUUGGGGUUGUGCAAAAGAAUCGUGAGGUUAAAGUUGUUGGAGAUUACGAAACCAAAGUUGUGGAUUAUUGCACUCUUGAGGAUAUUGCCAAUAGUGUGGCUGCAAUUGCCACCACCGAUCCCAAACAUGUUCUCGAUAGCUACAGAAUCAGUUCGAAUAGAAUAUUGUUGAAAGAUAUUGUGGCUCAAUUAGAAGCUGAACAAAACCAAGAAUAUAAAAUCGUGAAUAUUACCAUCGAAGACCAGUUCAGAGCAGUUGAACAAAAUCCUAGUUUCGAAAACAUUAUUUUUUGCUGUUAUUCCCAAGGACCAGGUAAUGGGUUAAUAUUCGAAAAAAAUGACAAUGAAGUCAUUAAUCCCCAAUCCUCUUUAUGGACUUGGAACUCUAAUAAUACUGCGACGGGACCCGGUUCCUGA